AUGAGGAGCUGGAGUUUCCAUGCGGUAGCGCUAACGAGCGGCACAACGGAUGCGGUGCUGGCGGCCAAGAGAGAGCUGUUGAAUCGCCUCAAGACAAAUAGCGAUCUCACGAGCUGGACGAGAAGCUGCUCGUAUCGCGUCGUGGAUCGCGCUGAGCUGGAAGAGCUGGUCCGUGUGGCACACGCAGAGGAGGUGGAGUCCAAACGACGCGAAGAAGAGGCGUUGAAGGGAGCUGCCAUAAUGGAAAGUGGGGAGAAAGGAGAAGCAGACCCAUCUCCGCAUACAGAAGCGGAGGAGACGACGCGAGUUGAAUUAACACCUCCACUACUGGCACUGGCAUUCCAGCGAAUUGUGGGUCACGACAAGCGAGAGUUUCUCGCAUACCAACAGAGAGGCGUAAGCUCAGUAGAAGAAGAAGGACAGCAGAUGCAGAGUCAUACACAGGAGAAGGAGGCUACUCUGUCCGAAAACAAGAAGACGCCAGCUCGUGUGUAUUUAUUGGUGGACUACCCUUCAUCUGUCCUGGAGAUAGAUGCACUGCUGCGGUUGGGAGAAGUUGGCAGUGCAUCACAAGUGGCUGACAGACCGGAGAAGCUACCGCUGUUGCCGCUGAUAGACGGAGUGGUGCUUCUAGCUGAUCCGUCGGCUGCUCCAGGUCGAAACAAAAGCGGAUCAACUAAUCUCUUGCAACAACCUGCUGGAAAAACGAAUGGUAGCGGCCCAAGAGCGGAUCCAUCCAUAUUUCAGACAGCAAAUGGUAUCGUGAAGAUGCUCUAUGAGGCUUCACUGAUGGGAGGUGUGGAAUGGAGCGAUUUCACUUUCACAAAUGUGACCUGCAGUACAGAAGCGUCAACGAUCAAACAGCCUGAUGACCUCGAGAAAGAACUUGUCAACACUGUAGAAGCGAUUGCUGCUCAGAAAUUUGCAUUCAAGGACUGGGUGGGGUCAACAAAGUUUUCUGUUAUUCCUAGUUUCUCGGAUGAGGAGGGAAGUGGAAGUGAUACACUUUUCAACACGUAUGAAUUGAUGCUAAGCGGUGUAUUUCCUGGUAGUGUCGCAGUCAGCACGGUGCUCUUUGCCAUGGCUGAGGCCAUUGCUACGACCUAUUCCUCUCAGACAGCAUCAUACGAUCCCUGCCGCAGAAACCAGUCGGAUCCAUCUCAACUUGAAGAAUUCCUUGAGCAUGGUGACUUGGUCGCAUGUCGAGUUGCGAGUGCUCAACUCUACCAUGAAGCGUUACAAGCAGAAGGAGACCCUUGUUUCUUACCACACGGAAAGCAUCGCCUUGACGACAUCGAAAGAGCCAUGUGGAAACGAUGCGAUCUACCAGGUGUAGGAAAUGGAGGGCGGAAGGCAAUGCCUCGCGUGGCAGAACUGUCUGAGCCGGAACGUAGUGUUCGCAACACGGAACUCGCGACAUUCUACACAUCACCAAGAUUAAGCUGCUCGAUGGUACAUUUAACCAGACAACUCUUGCAAGUCGAAGAGAUGCUGGGAAGUACUUGGCGGGAGAAAUUGCAGUCUCGUGCGUUUAUUGAAAACUUGCCACGUGCUGUUCUUCCUCAACGGAUCGCGCUGGUGCUUCAACAAAACUCUCCCGACAUGUAUUCUAGCUACUAUGCGCCGACAGACUCACUCUUGUUAUCGUGUCUCCCACAAACUGCACCUGGUCGAAUGCAAGUGUCAUCCUGGACAGCUCGUGAUCGCGUGCGUCACCGACCAGCAUUCAAAUACUGGAAGCGUGAACAGCUCGCUACGCAAGAAUAUCUAACACCACGCACGGAAUCUGCAGCAAGGGCGUGUGUUCCGUUAUCUGCCGGACAGCUUACUCUCGUGGCAACUCAAACCUGGUCAAUGUAUCCUGCUGAUCACAGUGUAGUGCGGCUAUAUCAGACACCUCGAGGAUUCGUAUGGCUCACAGUUUAUCAUCAAGGGGAAACAUUCGGGCUACGACAGGGGAUGGAGGAGAUGAAACACGAUAACACAUUAAAACGAAAAGAUAGUAUGCCGGACUCGAAGCAAAUGCUUCAGUUUAUUGCGUCAUUUCAAGACGAAUCUACACUUUAUACCUCCGAGGGGAGACGAAAGUUUUCGAAAAAACCCGACAAGUUUUCCACUAUCGCGGUAACCAAUUCAUUCCCAAGCGGCCUCAUCGUCUCCGCUUGUUCUGACGGCAGUAUCACUCAGCGGUACGCUCAGACUUCAGAUAAACGGGCUCAUCACUCCGGCGCUAGUGUCAAAAAUGAUCAUGGAGAACACGAGGCCAGCAAUGCUGGAGCAAUAAAUGGGCUACACGAGCAUGACGAAGAUGAGAUGUAUCGCGUGAUUUACGGAAAGGGGAGCGUGCUAAGAGUGCUUCGAUGUGGACGAAAAGAAGUCAUGUUAGCAAGUGGCAUUGUUCGCGUCGUUCGAGCCUGUAAGAAUCAUCACCACAAAUCGAGAAAACCAACCAGCCAGGACUCUGAAUUUCACCCUCCACAGGUUACAACGCUCACAGUUGAUCCAGAAACCAAUGCGUUGGUCGAGAGAGGCCCCAGUGGUGUUAUCGUUGUCACUCGUACGAAUGGUGCUCGCGUGACGUAUCAUGCGGAUGGCACAAGGAUGUACAUGAAUGCAGCAAGCACACACGUAUUCGUGAAGAAGCGGGGCUUUGCAGAUGUGUGCAUUGACCUGGAAGUCAACGUGACAGCCCAACACCACGCAGCAGGAGAGCGUGUAGCAGUUACAAAAGGUGGUCUACGUGUGCGCAGCAUUGUGAAUGCCUACGACGGAACGAGUAUUGAAAUCAGCUAUAAUACAAAAGUUACGGCGCAGGUGAAUGGCCGAGUAACAACCCGAAAGCCAAGUGGACAAGUCAUUGUGGCGAAGGACAGCGGAAGAGUGGAAUAUAGCUCACUAGACUAUAACAAGUUCGCCUCCAAGGACGACGACGAUCGAGACGUAACAAAUCAUAAUGGUGUUUAUUACUUCGAUUGUCGUCAUGGGCGAUUCCAGCUUUGUGACAACGAGCAGAACCAGUUUCAAGUGGAUUUCAGUGGAACAGACGAAGAAAGUGGACCCGCCGUUGCUGUUGAUCUCGCUGGAGUAGUAAGCGAAAGUGAGGCGGCUCGAUACGACGUGGAUAGCAUCCCUGCAAAAGCAGUCAUUAACGAACCGAUCCAGCCCCACAUUUUCGUCCUUAACGGUGAUGGCACCGGAGUCGAGAUUCUGAGACCGCAAGAUAUUGCCGAAUUCAUUGAGAGUGCGGUGCCAGAAAACGAAGUCAAGGAUUUAGCAGAAACAGGAGCAUCGACUCCACGUCGUCAUGUUUUCCUGCGCAGAUUAAAUACACCUGAUGCUUCGGGACUCCAGACUCACUUCUUCAACGACCCUCAGCUACAUGAGGAAAUGCUGAAGCUCCAACGACCCGUAGGAACUGCGGGAAAGUAUCUUCCGCACUACUUUGAUGAGGUAAAACAUUCAUUUGUACUGAAACAGUUUACAAUGGUGAGGCGGGUCGAACAAAACCAACCGCUGUCUACCGAUGAAUUGGACGAAAUGCGAGCUGGUUGGAUCAAGUGGGAGCAGUGGCAAAAGGAUCGUGAAGCGAACAAGGAAUGCUACAAAGUUGUGGACCCUCGUCAGCCUGAUGCGAUUGCCCAGGAGAUCGCGAUGCAGAAGAAAGUGAUGGCUGCGUAUAAGGCGGCUCGUGCACGGAAGAAGAUGGCUCGACAGAAAGCGCGAGAGAUGAAGGCGAAGAGUGUCUCCCAGGAAAUGAGUCCUGGUCGCAUGGAGACAGUUCAGGAGGGUGAAGAGGCAUUGGAAGCGGUGGGCGAAGAUGAAGAGCAUUCGGACGAUGAGUUUGGUCAGUUUGGAUCGGACAUGAGCGACGAUGACGUUGGAGACACUUUUGAAGUGGACGAUCCGAUGGAGUUGCUCUGGUCUGCGUUCUCUCAAGCCGACGCAGGAGGCAGGGGACUGCUGACUGUUGCACAAACACGCAUAGGUGUGGCCAAUGUGCUAGGUAUUGGCGUGACGACAAACGAGCUAACGGAGGCGCUCGUGCGGUUCAAGAUCCCCUACCCGUUCAAUGUGAGCUUUGACGUAUUUGUCGACCUCGUGGCGUUCUUCCGCAAGGGUGACAGCGACAAUCAGGACCCAGUAGAGUCAAACGCAGCGACGAACCACAUCCCAUCACUGAUGGGCGUGACAGCAGAGCAGCGCAAGGGCCAAAACCGCGCUGCAGCUGGGUCUGCUGCCGAGGCCAUCCGGGCGAGACUUUACCAUGCUGUGUAA